AUGACCGAUCCCGACAGCAUCAGCUCCUCCCCUACUCCAACCAAGCGUCUGAAGGUCGCCUCUGGCACCGACCGUGGCAAAAAGCGCUCUCGCGCCAGCACUGAUACGGGAAAGGAGAACAAGAAGAACAGGAAGCACAAGGACAACGCAUCCUCCCCAAUUCUCAAGGACGACAGUGAAUGGGGAAACUGUCUGAACGAAGUUGGCAACAUGGCUGACAUCGAAGACAACGACCAGGACUACGACAACGACACCAUCUGCGCCGGCGUUGGCAAUGACCACGACUUCGACGCUCCCAAGACCCAUUUGUCCAAUAUUAGGAAGGCCGGGAACACUCGCAAUGUCGCGCACAACUUCGCAACCAUGUCUACUACAAGCUUCAGCGGAACUGCCACGUCCACCUCGUCCACUUCGCCCACCAAGAAGCAGCGCGCUUGUCCGGACAAGGCACAGAAGGAGGUUAAGGAUGCUGCUAAGGCAGCCGAGGAUGCCGAAGCUGCCGCGGAGGCUAAGUUCAUCGCUGACUGCAAGGAAAUUACCAGGCGCGCCGCUGCGAUUAACGAGGACUCUGAGACCGAGACUGCUGCGACUACUGCUUCUACUUCUAAUGGUAAUGAGGAUACCCAGGUCUACACUGCUGCCGUUGAUUCCGAGGAGGGCAAUAACCAGGCGAAGGAAGUCAAGGAUGGCAACAAGGUUGGGGGCAGCUCUAGACCCACUGUCGAGCUUGUUGCUUUCAGCCCCGAGGAUGACAGCGCAUCCCAGUCUAGCCGCGAAGGAAGCGUCAGCAACACCAACUUCGUCUUUCGGCCUCGCACUUGA